AUGCAUACACUUAUUAAAUAUAGAGAAUAUAUCAACUGUAAACCAGACAAUGCCACGACCUUCUCACGGUCCUGUUACUUGUAUGAGACUUUCAUUUUCGGAGUAGGAGAACGACCCCAAAUGCAAGUGUGGCAUUCAAAGAUGGGGCCUAUCUACCGAAUUAAAAUGGGCGUCAAACCAUGGAUUAUUAUUGGAGAUCCUUACAUCGCCAAUGAUAUCCUUAAGGUGAAGGGGGCAAUCACUGCUGGCCGGCCGUUCCAUCUCUACAUGUCUCAUUAUGGCGCGCUUGAUGAAAGGGGCUUGGUUUUUACUUAUCCGGACAAACGAUGGAAAAGCUGCCGUGCAAUUGCACAAGGCUUACUUUCACCUAAAGCUGUAGCGGACAAAGUUGAAAUGAUGCAAUCGGAGGCAGCCAAAAUUACCGAGCUCAUCCUGAAGGGAACCAAAGAAAGCGGAUAUGUCGAUGUUUUCAAAUCAAUGCAGCUUGCUACGCUCAAUAUUAUCAUGCAAACGUGCUUUGGUAUUCGAGCAAAGUCGUUGGAUGAUCCCUUGGCCCACACCAUGUUUGACUUGAUCGAUACCUCAAUCAAAUUGAGUGCUCCUGACCAAGAUAUGCAGACUUUUUUGCCAGCCCUCUCGGGUCUCUUGCGUCUCUUUACAAGCAGCGAGAAUACCAUGCGCGACUUUGUGUACAAAAAGCGAAACCCUGAAUUCUGGCGUCUCAUUCAAGAAGCCCGCGAAAAUGAUUCUGACUGCUUUGUAAAAAACAUAUACCGACUUAAAGAAGAGAAUGGUUUGGAAGACGACGAUAUUCUUGUGUUUAUGGUUGAUAUGAUUGAAGCAGCAACUGAUACGACAGCAAUCACAUUGUCAUGGUCAUUCCUUAUUCUCUCUCAUUAUCCAGACGUUCAACUAAAGGUGCAGAACGAAAUAGAUACAUUUAUUACCAAGCACAACCGACUUCCUGUGUACGAAGAAAGGGAGAACUUCCCGUUCAUGCUUUCUGUUCAAAAAGAGUCCAUGCGGUAUCGAGCCGUUAUUCCCAUGAAUUUACCUCAUGAAGUCACGAAAGAUUUCGAGUACAACGGAUACCUGAUACCAAAAGGCACCGCCAUUUUAGCUUCAACAUACACGUUGAACCUCAGCGAAGAAUUCUAUGACAACCCAAGAGAGUUUAUUCCGGAGCGGUAUUUAUAUGACAAAAGGCCAUUAUCCGUUUCGGUGAAUGCGAAUUCUCAGACUCGCGAUCAGUUUGUCUUCGGUUGGGGACGACGUAUUUGCCCGGGUGUCCACAUGUCUGACGUGGAAUUAUUCAACUUUUGGGUACGCAUCUUAGCCACAGCGAGGAUUGAGCCACCAUUGCUAAAUGGACAGCCGGUAUACCCGGAUCUCAACGCCUACCAUGAUGGUGGCCUUACAGUUGGACCUUCUGAAACUAAAUUGCGGUUUGUUGAACGACACGAUCGACUCAUUUGA